AUGAGACGGUAUAGAUUGGCGCAGCGGAGGUUGAUGCAACUUGGACUUCCCGACAUCGCCCCUGGUGAGCAGUUGAGGGGUAUCUCUAACAUGAUUAAAAGCAUUGAGAAGAAGUACCCUGCGUUUUCCAUGAGGAUUAACCUUCUAAAGCUGUUUCCCGAGACUUCUUCGCGUCCCACGUCGGAUGGAAUCGAGAAAUACCUGACAACCAUCGAGGCUCAGAUCACCGAGCUUAGUGCCGAUGAGUCUUGCAGGAGUUUCAAGCAGGACUUUGGAAAUGCAUCAGUGAUUUCCACGGCAGCUGCAGAUAAGGAUACAAGUAAGUGUUACUUUCACGCGAAGCCUGGAGGUUGUAAGAGGGAUAACUGUCCAUUCAAGCAUGAGGGGCCAUCGGGAGGGGAUGCCGGGAAAGGCAAGGGUAAAGGAGGUAAGGAUGGGAAAGACGCUGGCAAGGGAGCUAAGGGAGGCAAGGAAGGAAAAGGAGGAAAAGGAGGCAAGGGAAAGGAUUCCCAUGCCAAUGCGGCGAAUGCGAUCCUUAAUCCCAAUCCCAAGGCUAACCCGAAAGCCAGUCCCAAAGCUGACCCGAAAGCCAACGCUAAAGCAAGCGCUAAGCAGUUGCUCGGAGUUGAUAAGAACCAGCAAAGCGAGGCUGCCCCCAGUGCGAAGGCCUCAUCCGUCAGAAUUUUCAGGGCGCAAGUAGAUCCAGUCGCUGCAUUUCCAUGUGAACAUAAGGAUUUCAUGCGCAGUUGCAUUGAUGACGCACAUGUUAUCAAAGACAGGCUCACAUCAGGAGGAGACGAUCAAUCAGUCGUGGUGGCUAAGGCAACGACUCAUCUUCCGAAAGGCAGUGUUGGUCCUCCAGAUCGGGUUCUGCUGGAUAGUGGGGCGAACGAGCUCUGUAGGCCUCUGACUGCAGAUAUCGAUGUGGAAGAUACGACCAAGUAUAUGCCAUUGGGUGUCACGCUGGCUAGUGGUCAAACAACUCAGGGCUACAGAACUCGAAAGGAUGGUGAGAUCUUGAUGCCCAUGGGGUCUACGGAGUGGAUCUGUGGUCUAGCGAAGCUGGCACAGGCAGGUUUCCGGUUCACCUGGGAUUGGGAAGGGCCAUCUUUGGAGACACGGUGUGGACGAAGCAUACCAAUCUACUUGGACAAUGGCUUGCCUUUUGUAUCAUGGGAGAAUUUCCGCGAGAUCAGAUCAGCCAUUUCCAAAGAUCACCGUGCCAGGGUGAACAAAGCCGUAGUUGCCGGCAGCGAAGAGAAACCUCGUGAGGAGGAGACAUCCAACCUAGUCAUCCUUGAGGAAGGUGAACAUAUGCAGAUAGAAGGGAACGGGCACGAGGACAGGGAUCAGAUUGCAAUCGCAAAAGAGGGUUAUCAGGGCCAUGAGGCGCUACAGUCAACUGAGGAUCUAGCAACAAAGCUGCUGGAAAAGGACCGCCUGAAGCCUGACGACGUACUUAAGCUUUUGCAAGCUGCGCCCCUCAAGCGUCGACUUCGGAGGCGAAGAUGUGAAGGAUUGGACAAGUUCCCGUUACCGGUGGAGUGCUCAGGAGACCAUGUGCUCAUCAAGAGGGAAAAGCCGGAAGCAUUUGGUGACCGGACUAUUCCGGCCAUUUAUCUAUCGCAGGAUGACUCAACACCAGGUGGAGCUUGGGUCAUGCACCAAGACGCGGACAAACCAGUCAUCACUAGGGCACGGCUACCUCUUUUGGACGACAAGCCGAGGGCACGAUGGAAACGUACCAUCACGCCUGGGGGUGAAUCUGUUUGGACCUCAACAGUCGGGGAAGUGGUGUUCGCUGACCUGCCACCAGAUGAUCGCGAUGGGGAUGCCAACAUUCUGACUCUGGAAGAGCGGUUGGAGGGACCGCCGGAUGCGGAAAGAAAUCUUCAGAGGGCUCUGUUGAUGAAAAGCCUUUAUGUAGGAACGCAGCGCGAGCUAUCUGAAGAGGACCAAGUUGGAGAAUUUGUGCGGUUUGCUCAUGGCUUCCUUCCAAACAUGAUGGAUGCAGCGGAUGAUGACGAUGGAAGCCGUCAUCCUGCCGAUAUGCCGGCUGAGGAGCCAAGUGAGCCGCUUCCCACGUCGCAUGACAGAGAUUCUGAAGAGGUGGUGGUGAUUGAUUCUGUCCGGGCAAGCGUCACUCAAGUAGCUUCUGAAGUACCUGAUGGGUCUAAGGGUGACAAGUAUUAUGUGCUAACGGCCAAGCAAGAAGAACAAAUCUUGGAAUGUGAAGCCGAGCUUCUUGAAGCAAGUCAUGAGCAGGCUACCGCGGAGCCUGUUAGUACAUCUGUGCUAUUCCAAGAAGACGAAAAAGAGCGAAGUAAGUGGAUUAGCGGUUUGGAAAACGAGCUGCGCAACAUGGACGAAAAGCAGGUCUAUACGAAGGUCAAACGUAAAGAUAUACGAAAGACUCUCGGCCUCGAGGACCAUGAAGAUCUACCACAGGUUCUGCCAGCCAAGCUUGUCAUGACGCGCAAGCCCAACAGCACGGGAGAUUCAUCAUGCAAAGACGGUGCAAGGGCAGCUGCGGAUCAGGCUAAGGAUGAUUGGCUAGCGAAAGUUCGAAUGGUGGUAUGCGGGAAUUAUGAAGAUGGUACAUCUGGUAGAGCCCUGGACAUAUCUUGUGCUUUUCUCAACGCUUGGCUGCAGGAUGCGGUAUUGAGAGCUCGUGCGGGUGACAUGUUUGGAGAUGUCACCGUCAAAGGAUUGGGUGUUGAUGGGGUACGAGUGGUUGAUGAACUCACAUUCUUGGGUUCGCAGCUGCGGAUGUCAGAUGAAGGUUGUGACUCCUUGCCAGAACCGCGUGAAGGAAAGCUUCCCAGCAUGCCUCUUGGGGAGAAGCGCGACAAACUCAUCAAGCAGGGGCAGAUGGAACUUGGAAGUCUGCUCUGGCUGACGGUGAGAACGAGGCCAGAAUUGGCUGCGGUAUGCGGUGUAGCUGCCUGUGCCUUGACGGUAGACCCUGGUGAGACGCUGCGCUUGACGAAGGGAGUCUGGCGCUUCAUCCGGAAAACUUGGGAUCAAGGGUUGUGCUUCAGGUGGGAGUUUGAUUCCACGAAGAUGGCGAACAUGACCUUCUCAUCAGAUGCCUCUUUAUCUUCGGGCGCCUCCAAGUCUCGGAGCGGAUCGGUGAUCAUAUGGGGUAACCACAUCCUGGGAUGGAAAUCUGCUCGUCAAAAUCUCACGGCUUUCUCAGCACAGGAAGCCGAGCUUGAAGGCAUGGCUCAGACCUUGGCUUUGGGCCUUCGCGUGAGUAGGUUGGUAGAACGCUUGGCGCAGAGGUCGGUUUGCAAAGUCAUGGAAUGUGAUAAUGCAGCUGCCCUGGUCGCUUGCACAAAAGAGGACUUCCACGAAGACGAGGCUGGAACAGCGACGCAAGGAUCUUUGGAAAUCUCAGGUCCAUGA